AUGAAGCAUCGUUUUGUAGCCGAGUGUAGCUUCCUGCUUCUAGUCUGCCUGACCUUAGCAGAAACCAAGGAGACAUGUACCACUGAUCCGCCUCCUCUGUCCAUCAUCUUCAUCACCAAGAGACCAGGAGGAUUCGACGUCCUCUUGGAAUGUCUGGCACAACAGUCUCGCCGAGACUUCGAACUUAUCAUCGUCGACGAUCUCAACAAGGAGAGGCAUCACGAAGCAGCCAAGUACGCCGAGAACCUUCGAGUUCCUCUGAGAGCCAUCGUACAGAGCAAGCCCAAGACUCGAGGCAAGCGCUUCGGUCAGUGCAACGCCAUCAACACGGGUCUGGUCCUCUCUCGCGCUCCUUUCGUCUCUGUCGUUCAGGACAACGUCUGGCUCCCAGCUCAGUUCGUGGAGAGGACAGUCAAGUUCUUCAAGGAGCAUAAGAGGGAUGUACUCUUGUCCUACCCCGAGAGGAGAGUCGCUCCUCCUCCGGGUCGACUGCAUCACAGCUUGAUGAAUGACCACUCGACUCUAACUAUCUUCGACCCUCCCGUCACUGUCGACCCCAUCGCUGAGGGCUGGGAGGUUCAGUCAUGGAACAACACUAUGACGGCAGACAUCUGGUCCAACAUCGGCAAGGACGAGUUCAUACCCACUGAGUGGUUCGAGUGUGCGGCUUGCACGGCCUCCUGGGAGCUGUACGCGAAGCUCAACGGGCUGGACGAGGCGCUGGAUGUAGGAGACGAUUCACAGGAGGCGAAUGUCAAGGAUAGAGCUGUGAUCAUGGGCCAGAGGAUGAAGGAAAACCCCUCGGACAUCGGCAAGGCCUGGAACGACCUGAAGACUCCUGUCAUCCUGAUCAAUCAUCAUGAGUUCAGUGAGGACGAGACGUGGGCUCGUUUUGAACGAGACACCAACUUCCAUCGAUGGAGGGCGAUGAAGGACUUGAUGGAGUUCGACGAGUAUCCCUUAGAGGCUCCGAACGAGUUCAGCCUGGCUCGAGUGAGAGAGUUGGAGCACAGCUUCGUCCAGUCCCAUCUCGUGACAAGGGACGGUGUUGUCGUCGAUGUCGACUGGUCGUUCCUCCCGAAGCGCACCCUGUCCGAUGACGACCGCAAGCAGCUUCAGGUCGCCAUGGCCCCUCGGUUCGGGUACAAGCCGGAGGUCAUCUUCCUCUACGACAUGGCGCCCGAGGAUGAGGCGAACUGGUCUGACGGGCUCAAGGAGACGCUUCGGCUUCUCCGCCGGCAUUUCCACAUGAUCCUGCUCAACAUCGGGUACAUGAACCUGGAAGAUCAGCCCGAGAUAGACUUUCGCUUGAAGGACACAUUCCACUUCAUCCUCGGCUGGGGAGACUUCUCAGGGAAGGCGGAUUACUUCAUCCGCCAAUACAACGAGCGGAUCAACCCCCGCAGAGCUGAGAAGGGAGUCCAGCUAGCCACUUUCGGCAUCAUUCUACACGGGCCGCACUGCACUCCGGACGAAGAGGCUGCGGCGGUGUAUGGCGUGUUCGUGUGCGACUCGCCAUGGCAAGAGAGGAUGUUGAAGCAAGACUUCCCAUCACUCAACGUGUUUCAAGCCAAAGGUAUCGACCCUCGCCUCCUUCAGCUAGAGGGCCGAAAGGCGGAGGCGCCUGCUUUGGAUUAUGUUGUGAUCGGCGACUUUACCUCCUCGAGUCGACCUGAGUUGUUGAUAGACAAGGAGGGCGUUAGGCUCUUUGCUGGGAGGUACGUGGACAGAAGUUCUCCUGUUAUCGAGGAAGAGCUUCGGGCUGCGGGAGUGCGUGUAGAGCGGAUGCCCAACGCGACCAGAAGGAGAGAGUUGUACCGCAGCAGUCGUGUUGUCUACUUUCCGAUGACGAGCGAGGGUUCAGGAGAAACCAUCUUGUUGGAGGCCAUGGCAUGCAAUGCGAACAUCGAGAUUGAGGACGACAACGAAAAACUUCACGAGCUGCAUUCCAUGCAUCUUGAAAAUGGUUUUGUUCCAGAUUCACAAGCAUACACAGAGGUUCUUGUCAAGGCCUUGUGGAGUGUGCUUGCGCCUGGGGCCCUUAAGUGA